UGAUAUUAAUAAAUUGGCAGCUCUAUCAAUUCUCAGAUCGUCCGCUGUCAAAGUUUGCGUUUCCCCGUUUCCUGUUUUCGCCUUAUGACGGCUGCCGUUCUUUCCGAAUAGUUUUGCCAAUAUGCCUCCAAAAAAGGACACCAAGUCGUCGGCAAAGCAGCCGCAAAAGACGCAGAAGAAGAAGGAGGGAUCCGGAGGCGGUAAGGCCAAGAAGAAGAAGUGGUCCAAGGGAAAGGUUCGCGAUAAGCUGAACAACCAGGUCCUAUUCGAUAAGGCCACCUACGAAAAACUGUACAAAGAAGUGCCCGCCUACAAGUUGAUCACCCCUUCAGUUGUUUCCGAACGUCUGAAGAUCCGAGGAUCCCUGGCCAAGCGAGGACUGCGAGAGUUGUGCGUGAAGGGUCUGAUCAAACAGGUCGUUCACCAUCAUGCCCAGGUUAUCUACACCCGCACGACCAAGGGAGAUGAUCCAGUUGCGUAAAUUUCGUUGCUUCUAGAUAUGUCUUCGGGUGUAUUGGGACUGUCGUUAUUAUUCGUGCGUGUAAGGGAAUGGGAAGAACAGCGUUUUAUUUCUCGGAGGUUAUGUACCAAGUAUAUUGGCGCCCGUUGACAUCUGUGUUCCUGAAAUAUAUUUUCCGCGGAAACCGGGCUGAUAGUAUGCGAAAAUCCAUGGAGUAAAUGAGAAAAUAUACUUAAAAAUAAGUAAACGUA